CUUGUUAACGGUAGUUGUUUAUCAUCUGUUCAGCGAAUAUUGAAGGAGUUGUAUAUAUCUUACACUUAUAUGUUUCAUCGCCUUUCGUAUGGCUUUAAAUAAUACAAGUUGGCGCAAAUGUAAAUAAGGUGUAAGAUCGAUUGCAAGAAAACCUCAUAAUAGCGUUUGUACAAAAAACGGCAAAGUAAUAGACCUUGAAACAAAGCAAGUGUAUGUGGUACACACAAACAUAUGUUUGGCUACUAAAUUAACAAUUUACAGUCUUAUAACUCUUCUAGUAUUUACCUACUAGUUUUCGUUUAAAAGUCAAUAUUUGUGUUCCUACAACAAGAAACCGUAGCAAUGAAGUCUACAUGUUGCGUCUCAAGCGGAACUGUAGUAUUUCUACUGACGUUAGUAGGACUUUCAUUUUUAACAUCUGCUAGUGUUAUACCUGCUGUAUUUCUUGGUGUACCUGAUAAACCUGAAAAUGGUCUCUACGAUCCAAGUGGUAAGGUGGCAAUUCUCACUGUGAAUAACUUCAAUGACACAGUACUGCGUCAAAAUCGUUCAUUGCUGGUGGAAUUUUACAAUACAUUCUGCGGUCACUGCCAGCGAUAUGCUCCGCAUUACAAAGCAUUGGCGGAACGCUUAUAUCCGUGGCGUGAAACUUUACUGGUGGCAGCUAUUGACUGCAAUGCGUUCGAAAACACUGGAAUAUGCCGCGAUUACGAAAUAUUUGGAUAUCCAACAGUGCGCUAUUUUUCACCUGGAUAUAUGUGCAAAGAAGGGAAUUAUGGUCAAAAUAUCAACCCACAUACUGAAAUAAACGAGUUAACAGCAAAUAUGGCACAACGGUUGGCAGCAGAAAAUGAUACGGAUAGCUUGCCAAAUUUCCCCAAACUACAUAGUCUCACAGAAAAUGAAAGCAAAACACUUUUUAAUGGUUUGGAUAGUAAUAAAAAAUUUGUGAUAUUAAUUUAUGAACCAGAGAAUACAACUGUGGGACUAGAGAGUAUAUUACAAUUUCACUUAUGGCCUGAUGUGCAAGUGCGUCGUAUCAACGAUUUGAAUUUAGCUAAAAAUUUCCAAAUUGAUGGCGUACGUUAUAAGUUGGCAACUGUAGAUAGAGAAGGAAACGUAGUGCCAUAUGGUGUCACAGAAGAUACGCCACAAGCGUACAUAGCUACAAUUGAAAGUUUCCUAGAAGCUCAACAUUUUAAGCCGCGCUCAGAAAAACCACCAAAAGCAGUAACUAAUCUUGCUCAAAACCAAGCCGAUGAUGAGACUGGACGAUCAAUUAUUAUUUCCGAAGUACUAAGUAACAAGCAUUUGGUUUAUCAGGCUGAUCUGGAAAUGGCCCUACGUCAAAUGCUUCUAAAUGAGAUACCAAAAGUGCACGACAUACGCGGUGAACAGUUAUUAGCCUUACAGCGCAUAUUGGGCGUCUUGCAACGCUAUAAUCCACUCGGACCACAGGGCAAUUUGGUCAUACGACGCUUACAUGAAUAUGUCGUAAAUGUCAACGAGUCGCUAGGCGGUGCCGAUUUCCAAACAGAAUUCGAGCAUUUGAAUAAAACAUUCGGUCCGAUAUUCUCAUCUAAUCAAUUUGUUGGCUGUGUCGCCUCGCAGCAUAACAAACGUGGCUACACUUGUUCGCUGUGGACGCUCUUCCAUCAUCUAACCGUGCAAGCCGCACGUCAAGAGGUCAGCAAUGAUCCGUUAGAAGUGCUGACCGCCAUAUACGGUUAUGUGAAGUUCUUUUUCGGCUGCACUCAUUGCUCAGAACACUUUCAGGCUAUGGCAACACGUCGAAAAAUCUGGAAUGUGCCGAACAAAGAUGAGGCUGUACUCUGGCUGUGGGCCGCACACAACGAAGUAAACAAUCGUCUAGCAGGCGAUGAAACAGAAGAUCCGAAAUUCCCAAAAAUACAAUUCCCCAGCGAAGCGAGUUGUUCGCAGUGCCAUAAAUCCGAUCCAGCCGUAUCUUCCAGCAAGUCGUCCAUCAAUUGGGACAAAGACGCCGUGCUAAGUUUCCUUAAAAACAUACACAAUCCCGGCUAUGUUAGUCGUUACGGUGUUGAAAACGAAGCUGUGCUGCAGCCAUCGCUGGAGAAGUUGCGCCAGAAACGCAUGAUCGGUAAUGUCUUCUCGGAAAUGGACAUGCGCAUGGGCAUGUUGUUGUAUGGCUUCUGCAUUGUUAUGAUGGUGUUGGCGUUUAAGCUCUUCGCAUUAAAGAGCUAUCGCAAAAAGCCCUAUAUGCACGACAUUCUCGGGAAAGUGUAAGUUAGCGUGCAAGGGAAAUCGCUACAAAUUCAAUAAAAGUGUGCGCUCAUAAAAUAGUUGACAAUAGUUGACAAUAUUUCGCAAAUUUGUGGAAUGUAUUUAUACAAUGUUGCAGCGUUUUGCAUACUUUGCGGUGUGAGAAGUGUAUUUUUUGUU